CACGUGACUGACUUGAUGCUCUUGUACAGAAGCCUGGACGGAGGUAAAGAGCAGAGGACUGCAAGAGAGGAGAGUCAGCCUUCAGUCACACAGCAUCAUCACCCGGAAGCCAGCAUCUUCACUCGAGACAUUUUUUAAUUAUAUAGGCUAUAUUUUUGUAAAUCUGUGUCUUUUUUAUUUUUAUAGACAAUAAACACCGAUUUUGAUAUUUUCCAUCACAAACUGCAAACUCAUCCCUACACCCAUCAUCUCCAACGGCUUUGUGUUUUUUGUUUUUUUAAAUCCCACAUGGUGUUGUGGAUGUGUCGGCCGGCUGCAGCGGUGCUCGCGGCGCUGACCGCCUGUCUGUGCUACGGUCCGCUUCUGUGCGCGGCGGCGAGAAACCAACAGCUCAAUUACCGACCGAUCAUCGGUGUGCUGGCACAGGAAAACCUUCCAGGAGACCAGCUUGCUCAGGGCUCCUCUUACAUCGCAGCCUCAUAUGUCAAAUACCUAGAGGGAGCCGGGGCCAGGGUUGUACCCAUCAGAAUCAAUCGCACACAAGAAGAGUAUGCAAAGAUAUUCUACUCAAUAAAUGGGUUGUUGCUGCCAGGAGGAGAUGUAGAUCUUCAAACGUCACAAUUCAGUCAAGCUGCCAAGAUCUUUUACAACUUGGCUCUGAGGGCCAACGAUGCUGGGGACUACUUCCCCAUCUGGGGAACUUGCCAGGGCUUCCAGCAGCUGUCUGUCCUCACAGCCAACAAAAACCUGCUCACCCUCACUGAUACCAAGGCUGUGGCUCUACCACUCACACUCACACUAGCGGCCCAGUCCAGUCGCCUGUUUCGGAAUUUUCCUAAGGAUCUGCUGCAGUCUCUGGCUGAGGAAAACAUCACUUCUAACUUUCACAGCUGGAGCCUGUCAGUGCAGAACUUCAGUCGAAAUGCGAAGCUAAAGAGGUUUUACAAGAUCCUGUCCACUAACAACGAUGGGAAGAAAGAGUUCAUUUCCACCAUGGAAGCCUACCGUUACCCAUUUUACGCUGUUCAGUGGCAUCCAGAGAAAAGCCCCUUUGAGUGGAUAGAUAAGCCGGGCAUGAUUCACUCCACUUCUGCUAUAAGAGCCAGUUUCUACACUGCCAGCUUCUUUGUCUCUGAAGCCAUGAAGAAUCACCAUAAUUUCUCCAGUCUUCUGGAGGAAGAGAGAGCUCUCAUCUACAACUUCUCUCCCAUCUACAGAGGCAUACACGCUGUCUUUGUUCAGAACUAUUACUUUGAUUGAUGGACAGAAAAUGAAACAGACCUGGGCUCAGUCUAUAGUCAGAACCUGUCAUUGGUAGAACAUUGUCAACAAUGUCAUCUAUAGUAUCCUCAAACAUCAAAUCAAUAUUAAGCAGUGUACCAUAGCUGAUUUGCACAGUAAUAGGAAAUGCAGAAGUGCCAACAGUUCAGUGACUAUACAGUAUACAGCAGUGAACAAUACUAGAAGUAAAUGAAAUAAAAUGUUAUACUCAAAUGAUUUUUCUAAUACCAUAAAAGUACAAAAUCAAACAGUGUCAAUGUGUGUAGAUGGAAAUGUAAUUUAGAUAUAGCUUACAGUGAUAGCUGCCACUGAUCCAGUACAGCAAUUCAAAAAACAGUGAUUACUUUUACUCUGCAUUUCCAAGAUGUUGCAGGAUUUUUCUACACCCAUGUUUAAAAAAGUAAAACAUUAGCUAACAUUUUUGGAAUAAUAAAACCAUUUAGAAUAGAAUUUAAGUACAUGAAACUCAUCUAUAUGCCAUAACACAUUUCAUAUAAUUCCUACAUUAACACAGUGUUAUGAUUCUAUUUUUUUUUUUAAAUAUGACUGUCCAACUAAUCUGUAUAUGAACCAUUUCUACUGUUUCAUCUCCAGAAUUAUAUAUGAUAAAUUAUGGCAAAUAACCUAGGUUUGCAUACACCUACUCUGGGGCCAAUAUUUUCUAAAUCACUGCUAUUUCAAUUUUAUCUAUGUUAACAUGUUUUCUGAUGUCAGUCAGAUAACAUGAGAUCUGAGCAAAGAUAAAUGCACCCUUCUCUGGAAACAGCACCUCUGAUUUUUCACCAGGUUCCCUUUGGUGAGCACCAGCACCAGAGCUCCCCCUGUGUGAUUGUUUGGCUUGAGUGAAUAAUUAAACUAAAAUGUAAUAUUUUGGACAAAUGAGCCAGUCUAAUUAGAUGUACCCCUAUCAUGCAAUCAUUAACUUGGUGUGUACCACUUUAGAAAACUUGUGCAGAUAUUUCCAGUCUCUUAAUUCGAAAGCUUCUCUAGUCUGUGACAUUGCAGUGUAAGCCUGUGUAAGUACAGACAAGCACUGAAUUUCACAAGUUUGCACAUUGCCGUUUGCUUCUUUGGGAGGGACUGUUAGCCUUUUUUAAAGGUUGGUGUCAGUACAACCAAAGCCUGAUGGAAAUGACAGUUAAGCCCAGGUUUAAAAUGGAUCACCGACUUACCUCCUUUCCCAUGUUGUAUUUGAUCAUCAGCAGGGGACUACUCAAAGGACCAGGGUGUAUGAUUUAGGGGGAUCUAUUGGUAGAAAUAGAAUAUGUUUUCAUUAGUGUAUUAUCAGCUGUAACUGUGAAUCACUGUGUUGUCAUUGGCUCUACAUAGGGAGUGGAUCUUCUUCCACUGAGCUUGCCAUAUUUGCAUAUGCUCCUCCAUGUUUCUACAGAAAACCAGAGUGGAUACUGGCUCUAAAGAAGGCCUUUUGUGUUUUUAUGUUACCCCAAGGCCACCACAGGUUCUCCUCCAAGCUUGGAGAGAGAGAGGUAUUCAGUUGGUUGAAAUCUACAACCUCACCACUAGAUGCCACUAAAUCCCACAGCCUGGUCCUUAAAGUUAAGUUAGAUUGUAACAAACUGUUUUUUCAAUAUCAGUGUGAAAAGUGAAUGUUAGUCUUAAACAUUUCCUCUGCAGAAAUGCUACCAUACUUUGCUACAUGUAAUUUUUCAUUUUAAUGUGUUGGCUUUAUUUUACAUUAUCUUGCUAAUCCCCCAAUAUCUAUCAGAUACAGCAUCUUACAUCUGCCAUCCAGGAAUGACAACUUUCAGGAAAUACUUUAAAGUAUUGUAGAAAUAGUCUUGUUUUGAAGUUGCAUUAUCAUUGUUCCAGGAAGAAAUAUCAAUAACUCACAAACCUCUACAGGUGACUUUUGAGAAACAGUUUAUCUAAACAUGAUUGUACUCUGUGUGUCUUUGUGGACAUUAAAAAAAGUAUUUUGUAUAACAUGUUGUCAGAGUAUACCACGUCUCUAAACAUUAUCAGGAUUUGAGAAAGUAUAGUAUCCACACCGGCGCACAUUAUUUAUUUAUUUAGAUUUUACAUUGGAACAUACUUUAGUAGGCUUAUGACAUCCACUUUGUACAAAGGGGGACUGAAACCUGAAACCUUUGUAGGAAUGAUGUUUCUUAUGACAGUAACAAUGCUGAUGGAAAAAAUGGAUGGUGAGGAUCAGUUCACGAUUGAACAAUUUAACCUUGAAUGUUUAAUGAUGUGGUAAGGCAUGAUAAGUGUGUUGAGAUAUUUUGAAGUAUUUAUCAGCCACCAUCCUCAAACUACUAUACCAAACCAAUAAGGCUUGUUAUUUUUGGUUUUUAACAGACAAAGGACUUUUCUGGGGGGUUGCUUGCUUGUUUUUGUAUACCUUCAUCACACAUCAAAAUGUUAUAUUUUGUUGUUGCGAGAGAAAGCACGUAAAGUCCUCUUGUGAAAAAUACAACCAAAGCAAAAUUAAAUACAUGAAUAAAUAAAAAAUAUUCAUUAAAAAUCCA